AUGUUGAAUAAAUAGAGAUCAAGAUUGCCUCCUUAAUUACUGAUUACUCCUAAAUAUGAUGAAAAUCUUGUAAUUUGCAAAACUUAAGAAGAUGUCACAAAAGAGCAUCGAAGGAAUACAAGUUACCAACAAAGACCUCGGUAAUAGAAAUAUAAUUUUCAGUUGUGCCAUUAGAUUGGAAAGGGAUAAUUUAGUAAAGUUAUGCUUGUUAAGUAAUUAUUAAUAAUAUAUACAAUUAGAAAUGCAAAUAUUUUUUAUGCUUUAAAAAUGAUUGACAAAAAACUGAUCUAAAAGUUUAAUAUAGGAUAAUAAGUUUAAAGAGAAAUAGACAUCUAAUCAUCAAUACAACACUAAAACAUAGUUAAAAUGUUUGGUAAUUUUUAAGACAAUGAUUAUGUUUAUCUAAUAACAGAAUAUUGUGAAAAAGGAAAUUUAUACUAAAAAUAAUUCUCUAAAGAAGAAAUUAAAAAAAUAAUUAAAUAGGUUCUCCUUGGAAUUCAAUAUCUUCAUUCAAUGGGUAUAAUGCAUAGAGAUGUUAAGCCAGAGAACAUCUACUUAACUUCGAAUGAUACAAUUAAGAUAGGUGACUUUGGUUUCUCUAAUUAUAGAGGUAGAAGAAAGACUUUUUGUGGUACUCCUGAAUAUAUGCCUCCAGAAAUAGUGCUAUCUUAGACAAAUAAGAAUUAUUAUAAUGGUUAUGAUGAAAGAGUUGACAUUUGGGCUAUAGGAAUCUUAUUAUUUGAAUUGUGUAAUGACACAGUUCCUUUUCGUGAUACUGAUCGUAAUAGAUAGUAAGAUAGGAUUUGUAGAGAAAAUAUAUAAUUCAAAGAGGGUUAAGAUUAGGAUCUUAUAGAUUUUAUUCAAAAAUGUUUGAAAAAGGAUCCUAAUCAAAGGGCUACUAUACAAGAAUUGUUGUAACAACCUUACUUAUAAAUUUGA